ACCUCAAGUUUGAUAGUCAAAGCAUUUUUCUACCAGAGAAACAAAAAAAACACAUGAUUGUAAAAUCAAUACAUUCUUAUCGCUCCGCUCAGAAUCGAAUAAUAUAGUUAUAAAACAAUCCCCUAAAACACUUUUCUUACAUGUAUACGGACUACGGAGCUAUAAGAUUGAAAACAUCAGAACAAAAAAUUUCAAAUUCUGACCCGAACCAAAGACAUGUGUUUCAGGCGAACCUACAAUUUUGCGUGGAGACCGAAGUUUAGUACACAUAUUACAUAAUAUGUUUAUUAUUAUCAUAUUACACUAAACAAUCGAACUUUUCGAUCCAAAAUUCGCGGGUCGUAUCCCAUUACAAUCCGACGGCAACACCGAAAGUAAUAUGAAAUCGAAAAAGCGGGUGGCCGAACAGCAGGCGCCGGUCGAAUACCGGGAAGAUUACGACGAGAAGUUGGUACAACUGAACAGGCGGUUGGCCGAUACCAGGACCGAGCACCGUCGGGCCGGGGAUGCACUGGACGAUGGUGAGGCCGACUAUGUCGGUACCAAGGAACGGCGCGAUAUGGUGCUCGGCGAAAACGGCCGCCUGAUCUCCGAAUGCCAGAAGUCCGUGGACGGGCUGGUGGUCGAUAAACAGCGGCUAGUGGCCGGGGUGAACAGCUACUGGGCCAUGGUGGACGCGCUGUACGAAAGCAGGGUCGUUCAGUUCGAGCGGAUGUUGACGCGCCUGAAGGAGGAUGCGGACUUUGUCAGGACCAGGUUCGAUACCUCGACCCAGAGGAUAGAGAACAGGGCCACCAUGAUGGACAAGCUCACUCGGGCGUUGGAGAAUGCGAGCAACCUCAAGAAAAUGCAACAAGAAGGCAUGUACACCAACAGACAGAUAUUGGCAUGCUCGAUGUAUAAUUACACCGAGGAGUUGGAGAGAUAUAUCGGCAACUUCUUCGAAACAGUUUUAAUUGACAGAUCUGACAAACGCAAUCGGGAAACAAUGCAAAACAUAAAAGAAUACAACAAAUUAGUUAAGCAAUUUUACAAAUACAGAAGAAAUUAUAUCCCAGCAAGUAAAGAUCAUCGAUUGAUUAUGAUGAACAUACAUCAAUCCAUAAUAAUUAACAAAUUGAAAAUACAGCAAAUGAUGGAAAAAAUUUUGAGAAAAAAAAAUAUCGUGCCGGAGAAGCCAUAUGAAGUCGUUCAUCUUCAUCAAGAACAUAGCAAUUAUAAAAUCGUACCGCAGAGAGAAAAUUCAAAACACGAACCGCUCGUGGAGUUGGAUCCACUUAGAUCCGUUAUUGAACAAAAAAUAAAAUUAGUAGAAGAGAUCACACAACAGGACAUAACAGAAAAUGAAUCACGAGAGUGGAAAUGCAGUUAUUUAAACAAAUUGCUUGACGAAAUUAGAACGGUUGUGGAUAAGGUAAAACAAUACGUAAUCGACGAAGGACAAUCAACAUCAUAUGACACGACUGACUUUGAAUGGUUAUUGAACAAGGGCGCAGUUGGACAUUUGGCUACCAGCAAGACAGCAUCCAUACAGACAUACGAUUAUGACGUAGAAUUGAACAUAAAUCAACCAUACACAGAGUGUAACAGAAACAACUUACAAAUGUAAUUAAAUAACUAUGUUAAAACUUUUUUUCUAAUCAAUUUUUCAACAAAAAAAAUUUUUAGGUACAAGAAAUAUUAAUUGGAACAAAAGUUAUUGCAUAGUUAUGUUUAGUUACAUACUUGUAUCAGUUCUUUUUUUUCAUCUCACACUGUAUAAUAAACAAUAAAAUUAAUUUUUAAUUUUUAACUGUCUAGAUGAGUGAAUUAGUAUAAGGACCCUUUGCCUCCAAGACAUUUUUAGCCAUUAGAGA